GGAAUCUUUCAUGAUAUGGAGCUAUAUCAUUGAUUUCAUUCCCCCUGACGUAUGUUCUCCUAAACAACAUGUGAAAUUAUCUUUGUCCAAUUGUAUUUGUAAUGGCAGAAAAUGGAGUAUCCAUAAGUAGUCAGCUGGUUAUUAUUUUAGACACCAAUCCAGUAUGGUGGGGCAAAUGUGGAUCUCUUGGAGAUGGACAAGGUAUAAGUCUGACUAAGUGUUUGGAAAGUGUGAUGGUAUUUGCCAAUUCACAUUUAAUGAUGAGCAGCUUGAAUGAUUUGUCAGUUAUUGCAGCACAUACAAAUAAAAGUGUUGUGUUAUACCCUAACAGAACUCAUACAUCAACAGAAUCAUCAUCAAAUGAUGGAAGAUAUGAAUUAUUCUGUCGAAUGAAUGACCAAAUAAAAGAUGAAGUGAAAACAAUUGUUUUACAAAAUAUGGAAGGAGCUUUUUAUUCAGACUCAUUAAUAGCUGGUGCUAUGGCCAUUGGUCUUUGCUAUUUAAAUAGAAUUGAAAAAGAAAAUGAAUUUAAAGAAGGGACUACAUCUUCAAGGAUAUUGGUCAUAAAAGGUUCGGAAGAUAAUCCUGAACAGUACAUGAAUCUUAUGAAUGCGGUAUUUACAGCACAGAAACAAAAUGUCGUUAUAGAUGCCUGUAUAUUAGACAAUGACUCAGGACUGCUACAACAGGCUUGUGAUAUCACUGGUGGUAUAUAUCUAAAAAUACCACAAAUAACAGGAUUACUGCAAUAUUUACUGUGGGUAUUUUUACCAGACCCCUUAGAAAGACCAAAGCUGUCACUACCACCUAAAGUACAAGUGGACUAUAGAGCGGCAUGUUUCUGUCAUAGGAGUCUCAUUGAUAUCGGCUAUGUCUGUUCUGUCUGUUUAUCAAUAUUCUGUACCUUUAGUCCAAUCUGUCCCACAUGUCAAACAUCAUUUAAAUUCCUUGCCCCACCAAAGAUGUUAAAGAAAAGGAGUAAGAAACCACCAACAUAAGAAAUUAAGAUGAGAGAGUUUAUACCAGGACAUGACUUCUUAUGAAAAUCAGAUCUGUAGUGAUUAAAUGAUCAAUGAAUAGUACUGAUAUUGUCUUGUUUAAUAAAAUUAGAAUGACUCUUUA